CUUUGGUGCAAAUGUUUUACAUCCCCAAACCAUCAUUCCAGUGAUGCAAUAUGACAUUCCAAUUGUUAUAAGAAAUGUCUUCAAUCUCUCAGCACCUGGAACGAUGAUAUGCCAGGAUUCUGUCAAUGAGUUUGAAGAUGGUCAGAGAUUGGAAUCUCUUGUCAAAGGCUUUGCAACAAUAGCCAAUUUGGCCAUUGUAAAUGUUGAGGGAACUGGAAUGGGUGGCGUUCCUGGUACAGCUAGUGCCAUUUUUGAUGCAGUGAAAGAUGUAGGAGCUAAUGUUAUCAUGAUAUCUCAGGCUAGCAGUGAGCAUUCUGUGUGCUUUGUCGUCCCCGAGAAGGAAGUGAGAGUUGUUGCUGAGGCUUUACAGUCUAGAUUUCGUGAAGCUUAGGAUGCUGGGCGUAUUUCCCAAGUGUUGUAGUUUGACUUGAUACACUCUUGGGAGCUGAUAUUCUGUUCAUUAUACAAUAAUUGUUCGAAAUUACUAAAAUUUCUGGAUCAUGAUUGUCAACUCUUACGUUGUGGAAGGUAAGAGAGAAAUCUUUUCAGUUAUGCAUUUUUAUACCAUUAUCUAAUUUGAGUGGAUAAGGUGGAAACUACAAUCACCUUCCCCUGUACCUGGAUAGGAGCUUUACCAAGCAUGAGGCUGUUACAGGACUGGAGAAAAGAACAGACUUGGCCUUAGGAUCUCUAUCUAAACAACCUAUCCUCACUGGCCUGGAUCACACAGUGCCCUUCCAUCCACAUUGUUUUAGGUAAUCCUGAUUUGACAUGUUUUUUAACUUGAUUAGUCAAGGUGUGUGCAAACUAGUCCGUCCAAAUACCCGAUUAUGAAAAAAGAAGAAAAAGUCCUGAUUUGGGCAUGUUUUUCAGCUUGAGAUCAAAUUAGUUGGAUUGUUUUCUCUAAGCAACAUUUGGAUUAGAUAUGAGUAUGAAAUUAGCAGGAAUUGUGUAGGAAGUUGUCUUUGGAAGGCUUGAUUCUCUGUACCUGACCUGUACCUUAUAAAACUUCUAUGGAAAAAUUUUAGACUUUCUUUUCUGCCAAGUGUUGCAUCCCUUGUUCCAAUUUGCUCAUAGUACCUUUAGGCAUGUUUGCAUCCCUUGUUCCAAUUUGUUUUCUUUAGGCAUUUACUCGCAAAAGAUAAGAAACCUCUUUUCCAACCUUGAAGUUUUGAAUGAAAUUUAGACACAAUACGACUGAACAACACUCAUUUCCUUCCUCGUAGAUCUAGAUGGGCACCUAAAUAUAUUCCCGGUUUAGCAACUAACUUCACCCCUCGGCAAUUACUCAAGAAUUCCUUGCAAGAAGCCGAUAUAUUCAAGCUAACAAACAAGUCCAACUUUUUGAAAUUAAUAAUGAUCCCGGAAUGAUGACAAAAGGCCUCUAAAAACCAUUUAAGAAUCCAUACUUCCUUCAUGCCGAACUUCAUACAAAUAAAACAAUCAUCCACAAACAACAAGUGAUUCAUUACUGGAGCAUUUCUACUUAAUGAGAUACCCAUCUCAAAACUAAAAGAUAACUUGAAUCACCAAUAAAAAGAGAUAUUGAGACAAUAGAUCCCCCUGCCUUAUCCUACAUCGUGGCUAAAACCACUGUGUUCUUCUAACACUAAUCAACACAGAAAAAGAUACAGUAGAUAUACACUGUGUUCUUCUAGCAUUUCUACUUAAUGAGAUACCCUAUGAUAAAUUUUGUCCUUGUGUAUUUCCUUUUCAUUUGUUUUUACUUUGAUGUCUUGUAGGCUGUGGCAUUGUUAUUAUUAUU